AUGGCCGAAACAGCAACCCGAAGUGACUCUGGGAUGUUUUGGAAAGCAACCACCUAUAAAGAGCAGUACUGGGACGGAUACCUGGCUGCUCGCCCAAAAUACAGUAGCGACUUUUACGAGCGUAUCGUCGACUACUACAAAGCUCACAACCCAUCGCCUCCGACUCCCACCGUCGCCCACGAUGUCGGCACAGGCCCAGGCCAAGUCGCCUCCGAGCUAUGCAAGUAUUUCGAUAAGGUCAUAGCCAGCGACCCGAACUCCACCCACCUAGCUGUCGCAUCGGCCCGCAACGAGAAAUCUGGCCUGAAUCACAAGAUAACUUGGACAGAAGUAUCAGCCGAGGAUCUCAACUCCCACUAUCCGGCUGGUUCCGCGUCGUUCCUCGCGGCAGCUGAAUGUCUGCCUCUACUUGAUGUCCCUCGUGCUCUGAACACAUUCGCACACCUCCUUCAUCCAAACGGGACUCUCGCCGCAUGGUUUUAUGGCAGACCAGUAUUCUCUGAGCCCACUGUCGCAGCCAAGUGCCAGCCGAUCCUAAACGACAUCAUCGAUCUGACCUUCGAGAAAGUCAUCAAAGGCGCACCCCCGGCCCACAAAACGACCUGGAAGCGGUCAACCGACACGCUAUAUAGCUUCCUUGAUAACGUCGCCUUCCCUACCGAGACCUGGCGCGAUGUCUAUCGCUUCAAAUGGAACCCCCAUCUCCCGCUCUCGGUAGUGGGCCCGAAUGCAUGCGACUACCCGAUUGAGCCGUCAUCGUGCAUUGACCCAGAGCGCGAGAAGGUCGUUGAAGCAAAGGACCCGCAUUUCUGGGAGGAGGUGUGGGAUAUCUUCGAAGUGAGACGCUUUGUCGAAUGUCUUUUGCCCAAUAUUGAGGAGUUGAAGAGUAAGGGAGUCUAUGACCACGUUGAAGUCAAGUAUAAGGAGCUCGAGGAGGCCAUGGGCGGGGCCAAUGCCAAAAAAGAGAUUACUUGGCCUGUUGUUUUGAUUCUGGCGACGAGAGUGUAA